UAACGCUUCCGUUUCAGCAGAGCAGGUCAUAUGAGGACUUCGGCUGCGUCUGAAACAUGGCAGGAAAAGCCGUAACAACAAUCUACAAAGUAUUUGCUUUAAUUGCAGCAGUUUUUGUCGACCUUUCUUUGUUUUACGCAUCGGGGUUGGUCGUGUUUCACGGCGCUUUGGGACAUUUUGCGCAUCUGUGGAUUUCUGCAGCUCUACGAUGGUCCGGAGUGACUGUUGUAACUUUGCUGCUGCUGGGGGACCUGGAGCCGCUGCUGAUCCGGUUUAUAACAGCCUACAGCCUGCUUCCAGCGGUGUUUGGGACCGGAACCAGGGCUCUGUACCGGGAGGAGAGCCAAUGCGGCCCGGCGGCGGAUGUGCGCUGCUGGCUGAUGUUCGCCGGAGCGUCGCUGGGAGCUGCGCUGUUCUGGGAGAUCACCGUCCCGGACAGCGAUGAGGAGGCUGGCAGCAAAGAACAGAAACAAAAGUCCAGGGUUCUGUUCAUGAGGGUUCUGCACAUGUAUAAGCCUGAUUAUCCUCUGCUAUUCGGAGGCGUUGUGUUCCUCUCAUCAGCAGUUAUCUGUGAGAUGUUCAUCCCCUUUUACGUUGGCAGGGUCAUUGAUAUCCUUGGCAGCCAAUAUCAACAAACUGAAUUCCUCACAGCUCUCCUCUUCAUGGGCCUGUACUCUGUGGGGAGUUCUGUCAGUGCUGGCUGCAGAGGGGGCGUCUUGCUUUGUGCCAUCAGUUCAUUUACUUGCAGAAUUAAAGUGAAGCUGUUUGAGGCUUUGACCAAACAGGAGAUUGGAUUCUUUGAAACUGUAAAGACAGGUGAGAUCACAUCCAGGUUGUCUAAAGACACCACUCUGACAGGAAGAACGGUGUGUCUGAAUGUCAACGUGUUGCUGAGGACAUUUAUCAAGACAAUGGGCAUGAUCUCCCUGAUGAUGAGUCUGUCCUGGAAGCUCACAUUCCUUGUACUGAUGGAAACACCCAUUACCGGGCUCAUCCAGAACUUGUAUGACACUCACUAUCAGAGAUUGUUUCAGGCGAUGCAGGACUCGAUGGCUCGAACAAAUGAUUCUGCAAACGAGGUUGUGUUUGGUAUUCGUGUCGUGCGAAGUUUCAACACAGAAAAGCAUGAAGCUGAUCGCUAUGAUAAACGAUUAUUGGAAACUCACUCCCUAAAGAUUCGACGGGACGCUGUGACAGCUAUUUAUCUGCUCGGACGGAGGUUGACAGGUUUGGGAAUGCAGGUCUUCAUUUUAUACUAUGGCAGACUUUUCAUCAAAAUGGGGCAGAUGACCACUGGAAACCUGGUUUCCUUCAUCAUCUACCAGUCAGACCUUGGAGACAACAUCAGGACACUUACCUAUAUCUUUGGUGACAUGCUGAACUCAGUGAUGGCUGCUGGGAAAGUGUUUGAGUACAUUGACCGAAAACCUCAGGUCAGCACCGACGGAAAACUCAAACCGGAGCAGCUGGAAGGACGUAUCAGCUACUGUGGUCUGAACUUCGCCUAUCCUUCAAACCCCGACAAAACUGUCCUGCAGGACUUCAGCCUGGAGCUGAAGCCAGGUCAGGUGACGGCUCUGGUGGGUCCAUCUGGAGAAGGAAAAAGCACCUGUGUGAGUCUCCUGCAGCGAUUAUAUGAGCCUCAGCAAGGAGAAAUCUUACUUGAUGGGGAACCCCUGAAAUCAUAUGAUCAUCAUUUCUUCCACAAAAAGAUUGCAGUGGUGAGCCAGGAGCCUGUCCUCUUCUCUGGAUCCAUCAGAGACAACAUCACCUACGGCUUCCCCGACUGCUCCAUGGAGCAGAUUGAGGAAGCGGCACGGAAAGCCAACGCCCACGACUUUAUUAAUCAGCUGGAGAAAGGCUACGACACGGAGGUGGGGGAGAGUGGCGGCCAGCUAUCCAAGAGUGAGAGGCAGCGGAUCGGCAUCGCCCGAGCUCUGGUCAGAGAGCCGAAAGUCAUCAUUCUGGAUGAAAUAACCAGCUCUCUGGAUGUUGAGAGUGAAAACAAGGUUCUUCAGGCCCUGGCCAGCUGCCCCAACCAGACCCUCCUGGUGAUUGCUCACAGACUGAAGACCAUUGAGAAGGCGGAUCAGAUCAUUGUGGUUAGAGGAGGUCGAGUUGAGGAGAAGGGGACUCACCAGGAGCUGAUGGAGCAGCAGGGCAGCUACCAUAAACUGAUAAACGAGCUCUUCGACUAGGCAAACCCACCACAGUCGACUACUGAAAAUGAUUUCUACUGAAACUGUGGCCUAAAAUGUGAUAUUUUUGUACAUACUACAUUCCGAUAGUUUUGUAUAGACAUUAACAAUGUUUUUUUUUUAUUUAUUUGAAAGAUUGUUGAUGUAAUCAUGAAAGGAAAACUUCUAUUGUCAUAUUUAAUGUCAUGACCAAAUUUUCAGAUACAUGCCCUGGGAAAUUGUUGACCCAACAGGUCAAUGGUGUUGCUAUAAACCUUCAGUUAUAAUCAGAACAGCCAAAGCUUUCUGUGUGGUUGGUGCAUCUCAAAUAAAAGAUUAAUCAGCAGUUAAAAUGUG